AUACCGCCCAGCCAGCAGCGGUUUCCGCGAUUUACAUGGCCGCCAGUUGGGCUUAAUCCUUAGGCUUACACCUGAACUUUUUGUUUGGAACUGGGUUUUGUAGGAUCUUGUGUUGCAUUAAAGAGGCGAUGAACAUCUAAGCAACAGCACGCACUAGACAACAACCAUGGGAGAUUUCGGACCACGGUUUACUCAGAAACCGCAACUUAAACAAGAAGACGGAGGAAAGAAGUUAAUUUUUACCUGCGCCGUUGAAGCCAGUCCUCAGCCAGAGAUAUCAUGGUUCCGGGGGACUGAUGCCAUUGUAGAAAGCAGCCGAAUUAAGAGUAGAUCGACGGCUGAUGGUGAAAAUAAAUAUACUCUAUUUCUUGAGAUCUUCGGAGUGACACAAGAUGACGGAGGGACAUACAAGGUCAUUGCCAAGAAUAAGAUGGGGGAAGCCACGGCUUCGAUUAAUCUGAACUUUUCUGCCGGCCAAGAAAAGAAACAAGACGGAAUAGCCCCACAGUUCACACAAAAACCAUCCAUCAAGCAGGAAGAUGGUGGCAAAAAGCUUGUGUUUGAAUGCCAGCUUAAGGCACAGCCAGCCCCCACCAUCCGCUGGUUCAGAGACACUGUGGAACUCCAUGAUGAAGGUCGUUACCAGAUUUAUGCUGACCCCAAAGGUGACAACCUGUUCCGUGUUGUACUGGAAAUCAAGGGGGUGACUGCUGAGGAUGCAGGAAACUAUAAAGUUAAUGCCAAGAAUGAGAGGGGAGAGAGCAAUGCCACAAUCAGGCUCAACUUUGAUAGCGAGGAGGCUCCUGGCAAACGUGGCCAGAGACCUUCUUUCACACAGAAACCUGUCAUCAAGCAAGAGGGAGAAAAUAUUGUCUUUGAAUGCAAACUUAGUGCAGAUCCCAAGCCUACGAUCACUUGGUUUUUUGGAGACAAAGUUGUCAAAGAUGGUGGAAGAUACAAGAUCACAAGUGUCGCAGAUGGGAAUAACUACACCCUGCGCUAUGUAAUUUCAAAUGUGAGCAAAGAGGAUGGUGGAGAAUAUAAAGUCAGUGCCAAAAAUGCCCUUGGGGAGUCAAAUGCUACUUUGAGCCUCAACUUUGAAGUGCUAACUACCAUGUUGAUGAGGAUACAAGGUCAAGCUGAACAGCAGCAACCUAAACAGGAAGGCAAGGCUCCACAGUUCAAACAGAAACCCUCCAUCAAGCAGGAGGGGAAAACGCUGAUCAUGAGUUGCCUGGUUGAGGCAGCACCAGCACCGGAAGUCCAAUGGUUUCGGGGAACAACUGUCGUAACUUCCAGCGGCAGAUACUCUGUCAGGAUGGUAGAAGCUGAGGCCAAUACCUAUUGGUUGUAUUUAGAUAUUAAGGAACCUAAAGCUGAGGAUGGUGGCACUUACAAAUGUAAUGUAAAGAAUGCUCUGGGUGAAAGCAAUGCAAACAUUACCCUUAAUCUACAAGUGAAAGGCCAAGAAAAGAAAGGUGGUGGCCCCUCCUUUAAAGAAAAGCCCAAAGUGAGUCAAGAUGGCAAAAACCUAACCAUAGAAUGCCGCUGUACAGCUGACCCUCAGCCAUCUAUAACCUGGUAUAAAGGCAGCACUAUUAUCAAAGAAGGAGUCAGACACAAGUUGAAGAUUAGACAAGAGGGAGAAAUCUGGAUUAUCACUCUGGAUGUGGCUAAUUUCUCUGACCAAGAUGGCGGCCAGUACAAAGUUGUGGCUAAGAAUGAUCAUGGUGAGGGGAGCGCCAACAUCAAUCUAAACCUAGAGGGACCCAAAGAAGUGAAACCAGUAAUUCCAGAAAAACCCAGCAUUAAACUGGAAGACGGAGGCCGCCGUAUGGUCAUAGAGUUCAAGAUCGUGUCCACUAACAAGCCACAAGCUAACUGGUCUUUCAAAGGAAAACCCAUCAAAGAUGGUGGCCGUUAUUUCCUGGAUAUUGCUAGAGAAGGAGAGGGCUAUGUUAUUGUGAUGGAAAUUGAUGAUGUGUCCAAUGCUGAUUCAGGUGCCUAUGUGUGCAAAGUGAAGAAUACAGCUGGAGAAGCCACAGCCAACAUCAACAUUAACAUUUCAGAGCUCCUGUCAAAGCUGAAGGUUGGCAAGGAUGAAGAAGACAGCUCACAAAUGAGUCAAAUGCAGAUACAGAUGGGAGCAGAAGAUAGUUCUCAGAUAAGUCAGAUGCAGAUAGGUGUUGGAACAGCUGAAGACAGCACUGUUACAUCUCAGAUGCAGAUAGGGGUGGGCACAGCUGAAGACAGCACUGUGACAUCUCAGAUGCAGAUAGGGGUGGGCACAGCUGAAGACAGCUCAGUGACAUCUCAGAUGCAGAUAGGGGUAGGCGCAGCUGAAGACAGUUCUGUGACAACUCAGAUGCAGAUAGGUGUAGGCAAAGCUGAGAUAAGUACAACUCAGGUUGAGAUGGGCAGUGCUGAGAUUGGGGUUGCAAAAACUGAGGAACCCAAACCAGCAGAACCAGCGUCCAUGACUACCCAAAUGACCUUUGAAAGCAGUACCACUGAAGCAGAAGUUUCAAAACUUCCGGAGCCUGCUCCAACAUCACAAACAGCCACAACUCAAAUGACAUUUGAAACUAGUACUGCUGAAACAGAAUUUCAGAAAUCAGAGCCUGCUCCUACUGCACAAACAGCCAUGGCUCAAAUGACAUUUGAAACAAGCACUGCUGAAACAGAAUUUCAGAAAUCGCAGGAAACUGCUGCUGCCAAGUUACAGAUGACUGCUCAGAUGACAGUUGAUACUGCAGAAGCAGACAUCCAAAAACUCCCAGCACCAGAACCCGAACCUGAGAAAAAGCCUGAGGAGGAAAAACCUGAAGAAAAGAAACCUGAGGAAAAGAAACCCGAGGAAAAGAAACCUGAAGAAAAGAAACCCGAGGAAAAGAAACCUGAAGAAAAGAAACCAGAGGAAAAGAAACCAGAGGAAAAGAAACCUGAAGAAAAGAAACCUGAAGAAAAGAAACCGGAGGAAAAGAAACCUGAAGAAAAGAAACCUGAAGAAAAGAAACCAGAGGAAAAGAAACCAGAAGAGAAAAAGAAGCCAGAGGAAAAGAAACCUGAAGAAAAGAAACCAGAGGAAAAGAAGCCUGAAGAAAAGAAAAAACCUGAGGAAAAGAAACCUGAAGAAAAGAAACCAGAGGAAAAGAAAGAAAAAGAAGCCCGAGGAAAAGAAACCUGA